AUGGGAAUGUUGGAGCCUGCACUCUGCUUGCUACUUGCUUGCGUCUGGCUGUCCUGGGCCACAGUGCCCACGCCCAGUGCAGAGCUGCAGCCUGAGCCAGCCCCAGAACCUAGCCACAGCUACCAAGAGAUGACCCUUGAUGUGGGGGAUACCACAACAGUUAUGAGAGGCCAGGAGGCCAAAGCUUUGGAUUCCAUGGCCAUGUCUUCCUGGGAAAGACGGCUCCAUCGGGCCAAGUGUGCACCAUCUUACUUGUUCUCCUGCUUCAAUGGGGGUGAGUGUGUGCACCAGGCCUUCUGUGACUGCAGACGCUUCAAUGCCACUGGACCACGCUGCCAAAUGGUGUACAAUGCUGGUCCUGAGAGGGACAACAUCUGCCGGGCAUGGGGGCAGCACCAUGUGGAGACAUUCGAUGGCCUCUACUACUACCUGUCUGGGAAGGGCAGCUACACACUGGUGGGGCACCAUGAACCUGAGGGGCAGAGCUUCUCCAUCCAGGUGCACAAUGACCCCCAGUGCGGCUCUGCCCCCUACACGUGCUCGAGGUCUGUCAGCCUGUUUCUUGUGGGCGAGCAGGAAGUCCGUCUGACCAAGGAAGUCACCUAUGGAGGUGUGAGGGUCCAACUGCCACAUGUGAUGGGGGCUGUGCACCUGCAGCAACUUGCCAGCUAUGUCAUUGUGCACCAUCGAUCAGCUUUCACACUGGCUUGGGAUGGUGUCUCAGCUGUCUACAUCAAAAUGAGCCCAGAGUUCCUGGGUUGGACCCAUGGGCUAUGUGGUAACAACAAUGCUGACCCUCAGGAUGACCUGGUGACCAGCUAUGGGAAGUCGACUGAUGAUGUGGCUGAAUUUGUGCACAGCUGGCAGGAGCAGACGCCCAACUACUCUCCAGGGCUUAUAACUUCUUCCCUGCCUCGCCCACCAUGCCUGCAGCAGACCCCAGGAAGCAUGCAGGGUGUGUAUGAGCGGUGUGAAGCACUGCUGCGGACCCCCUUUGAUGCCUGCCAUGCCUAUGUCAGCCCUCUGCCCUUCUCGGCCAGCUGUACCAGUGACCUCUGCCAAUCAGGAGGUGAUGACGCCACCUGGUGCCGAGCACUUGCAGAGUAUGCGCGGGCAUGCGCACAGGCUGGGCGGCCCCUGCAGGGCUGGAGGACCCAGCUCCAACAAUGCACUGUGCACUGCAAAGAGAAGGCCUUUACCUACAAUGAGUGCAUCGCUUGCUGCCCAGCCUCCUGCCAGUCCCGGACGUCCUGUGUAGAUAGCGAGAUUGCCUGUGUAGACGGCUGCUACUGUCCCAAUGGGCUAAUCUUUGAGGAUGGGGGCUGUGUGGCACCAGCUGAAUGUCCCUGUGAGUUCCACGGGAUCCCAUACCCACCUGGCUCUGUGGUGAAGGAAGACUGCAAUGCCUGCACCUGUACUGCGGGCAAGUGGGUGUGCAGCACAGCUGUCUGCCCAGCUGAAUGCUCGGUGACUGGUGACAUCCACUUCACGACCUUUGAUGGCCGCCGGUACACGUUCCCUGCCACAUGUCAGUACAUCCUAGCCAAGAGCCGCUCCUCAGGCACCUUCACAGUGACACUGCAGAAUGCCCCAUGUGGUCUGAACCAGGAUGGAGCCUGUAUCCAGUCAGUAUCAGUGAUUCUGCACCAGGACCCUCGGAGGCAGGUGACCCUAACCCAGGCGGGAGACAUCCUUCUGUUUGACCAGUACAAGAUCAUCCCACCCUACACAGAUGAUGCCUUUGAGAUUCGGAGGCUAUCCUCUGUGUUCCUGAGGGUGAGGACCAAUGUGGGUGUACGUGUGCUGUAUGACCGGGAAGGGUUGCAGCUCUACCUGCAGGUGGACCAGCGAUGGGUGGAGGACACCGUGGGCCUCUGUGGCACCUUCAAUGGCAACACACAGGAUGACUUCCUGUCCCCGGUGGGUGUGCCUGAAAGCACGCCACAACUUUUUGGCAAUUCCUGGAAAACACUGUCUGCCUGUUCCCCACUGACCCCUGGCUCUCCACUGGACCCCUGCGAUGUGCACCUGCAAGCUGCCUCCUACGCACUGCAGUCCUGCAGCGUACUCAUGGGGGAGCUGUUUGCGCCCUGCUCCACAUACCUGAGCCCGGUGCCCUACUUUGAACAGUGCCGGCGGGAUGCCUGCCGCUGUGGGCAGCCCUGCCUAUGUGCCACGCUGGCCCACUAUGCACACCUAUGCCGGCGUCAUGGGCUCCCUGUCAACUUCCGUGCCCGUCUGCCAGCCUGUGCACUGUCCUGUGAAGCCACCAAGGAGUAUAGUCCCUGUGUGGCCCCUUGUGAACAAACCUGCCAGGACCUGGCCAGUCCUGAGGCCUGUGGGGUUGAUGGUGGCAGCAACUUCAGCAGUGGUGAGUGUGUGGAGGGAUGUACCUGCCCUCCAGACACAUAUCUGGACACCCAAGCUGACCUCUGUGUUCCCAGGAACCAGUGUUCCUGUCAUUUCCAAGGAGUGGACUAUCCACCUGGGGACAGUGACAUCCCUUCCCUGGGCCACUGCCACUGCAAAGAUGGAGUCAUGAGCUGUGACAGCAGAGCCCCAGCUGUGGCCUGCCCACCAGGUCAGGUCUUCGUGAACUGCAGUGACCUGCACAUAGACCCCGGGCUAAGCAGGGAGAGGACGUGUGAGCAGCAGCUGCUAAACCUGAGUGUGCCAGUCCAUGGUCCCUGCCUGUCGGGCUGCGCCUGUCCCCAGGGCCUGCUCAGACACGGAGAUGCAUGUUUCCCACCAGAGGAGUGCCCAUGCACUUGGAAGGGGAAAGAGUACUUCCCCGGGGACCAGGUGAUGUCUCCCUGCCAUACCUGCGUGUGCCAGCAGGGCUUGUUCCUGUGCACCCCGCACCCCUGUGCUUCCACCUGCACUGCCUAUGGUGACCGGCAUUACCGCACAUUUGAUGGGCUCCCGUUUGACUUCGUGGGGGCCUGCAAAGUGCACCUGGUCAAGAGCACAUCAGAUUUCAGCUUCUCUGUGAUUAUAGAGAAUGUGAACUGCUACAGCUCUGGCAUCAUCUGCAGGAAAUUUAUUUCCAUUAACGUCGGGAACUCAUUCAUCAUCUUUGAUGAUGACUCUGGGAAUCCUAGUCCUGAGAGCUUCCUGGACAAGAAGCAGGAGGUUCACACCUGGAGAGCAGGGUUCUUCACGCUUGUGCAUUUCCCACGGGAGCACAUCACUGUACUGUGGGACCAAAGAACUACAGUGCACAUCCGAGUGGGGCCUCAGUGGCAGGGCCAGGUGGCAGGCCUCUGUGGGAACUUCGACUUAAAAACCAUCAAUGAGAUGAGGACCCCGGAGAACCUAGAGUUAACUAACCCCCAGGAGUUUGGGAACAGUUGGGCUGCAGUGCAGUGCCCAGAAACCCUGGACUCCCAGGACACAUGUGUCCUGAAUCCUCUCCGAGAGCCCUUUGCCAGGAAGGAGUGUAGCAUCCUGCUCAGCGCGGUGUUUGAGACCUGCCACCCUGUGGUCGAUGUCACUUGGUUUUACUCAAACUGCCUGACAGACACAUGUGGGUGCAGCCGGGGUGGUGACUGUGAGUGCUUCUGUGCCAGUGUGUCUGCCUAUGCACACCAGUGCUGCCAGCAUGGGGUGGCCAUUGACUGGAGGACCCCUCGCCUCUGCCCAUAUGACUGUGACUUCUUUAACAAAGCACUAGGUAAGGGCCCCUAUCAGCUGUCCAGCAUGGCAGCCAGUGGCGCCCUGGUGGCCAUGAAAGCAGCAGGUCAUGACAUAGCCCUAGUGAGGGCGAAGGAUGUAGAGCCGGGAGACAUUGUGAGCUUCCUGUUGACCGCUGCUCUGUACAAGGCAAAGGCUCACGACCCGGAUGUGGUAUCCCUGGAAGCAGCGGACAGACCCAACUUCUUCCUCCACGUCACAGCCAAUGGGUCAGUGGAGCUGGCUAAGUGGCAGGAGAGUGAGGCCUUCCGUCACCAUGCCUCCUUCUCACUGCACCAGGGGACUUGGCGGGCAGGCCUGGUGGCCCUGGAAUCCCUGGCAAAGCCUGGCUCCUUCCUCUAUGUGUCGGGCCUUAGGCUGGCCCUAGGGCUAUACGAGCAUGUGGAGGCGUUCCGCCAGAGCACACUCUUCCGUCUUCUAGAUACCAAACCCCCAGGGGCCGCCUACCCCAUCUGUGAGUGGCACUAUGAGGCCUGUGCCAGCCCCUGCUUCCAAACCUGCCGAGACCCAAGGGCAGCCAGCUGCCAGGAUGUGCCCAGGGUAGAAGGCUGUGUCCCUGUGUGCCCUGCCCCCAAGGUCCUGGAUGAAGUCACACAGAGAUGUGUCUAUAUGGAAGACUGUAUAGAGCCAGCGGUUUGGGUUCCCACAGAGACCCUUGACAAUGAGACCCUGAAGCCUGGUCAAGUCCUGCCCACCCCCAGUGACAAACAGCUGCAGCUUCCACAGGAAACUCCCAGGGCCCCCAGCCACAGGCCGGCCCUCUCCUCAACAGCCCCGCUUAUCUCUGUCCUGAACCCACUGAUGGCCGCCACUGAGGGGCCAGUGCUAUCCCCAGGCCCCACCCAGCCAGCCCUGCAGCAGCCACUGGGACUCACUGCAUCCACUCCUGCCCACCCCACAGAGACCCCUGCCAGCAAGGGAGUGACCUCCAGCUUCCUGACCACCUCCCAUCUCCCAGAAUCCUCAUCCCACCCUCUUUCACUACAGACACCCACACAUGGUAUGGUAUCAGUGGCCAGGGAGACAAUCAAGGUGACUGUAACCUUUCCAGAGAGCCCCAACAUCACAGUCUCUUCCUGGUCACCCCCUGGUCCUCGCUUCCCACUCAUGACCAAAGCUGUGACAGUCUCAGGCCAUAGCUCUUGGCCUGUUAGGACAACAUCCCUGCAGCCCUCCUUGCCAGCAAGUCCCUCCUCCAGGCCUGUGGAUUCCCCUGGAGUGACCUUCAGGGCCCCUACCGCCUCGGGAUCUCACAAGGCCUUUCAGACACCUGCAGUAACUAAGGUCAUGAAGAAGACAGGGGUACCCCAGGCCCAGAAUGUUUCAAGUCCCAGUAGCCCCCUGGUCAUGGUGAGCACAACUGUAGAACCGGCUCCUCUCAGUCCCCUUGCCACCCAGGGCAUGGAGGUGGUGCCAUCCACAAAGCAGGGUGAACCUGAGCACAGCCAUCUUAUGAGUCUGCCAGUGUCCCCACAUCCAAGUACAGUCUCCACUGCUCUACCUCGCCCAGCCCGACAUACCACCACAGCCACCGGGCCUCCAGCUCUGUCCCCACAAACUCUGGCUGCUACCAGCCUGUCCACAGUUGCUCAUGGGCUGGGAGCCACAGCCUUAAUGUCUCUGGAGUUAACUCGGCCAUCCCAGCUCCUCUCUGGCCUGCCUCCUGACACCAGCCUUCCCUUAGCCAAGGUGGGCACAUCUGCCCCAGUGGCCACACCCGGCUCCAAAGGCUCUGACAUCACCUUUCUACUUCAACAUCAGGCCACAUCUCUGGCAGUGGCCACAACUCCACCUGCUCAGACACUCGGUACAGCAGUAUCUCCCACCCCAGCUAUGGUGGCCCAGGUGCAACUCUCCAGCUCCCCAGCCCCUCAGGUAACAGGCACAACUCCAGAUCUGCUUUUGGGAGACACACUGUCAACCUCUGGAGUUGUGACCAUGGUUACAGGGACAGUCCCCACAGAAUCUGUUGCCCCACGAAAGAGCACUUCACAGAAAAUGGCCAUCCUAUCUAAGCAAGUAUCUCUGCCCACCUCCACCUAUGGCUCUGCCCAGGGUAAGUCCACAGAGCUUACACCCACUGUUGCCCCCUUGGUGACUGAGGUUGAGGGCCCCCAAGCUCGCACAGUGCCACUGGUGCCCACAUCCUACCCCCUGAGCCGUGUCUCAGCCAGGACGGCCUCCCGCGAGAGCUCACUGGUUCUGCUGCCUCAGCUGGCAGAGGCCCAUGGGACCUCAGCAGGGCUCCAACCCCCAGCAGAGCCAGUGGGCGAGGCUACCACUGAGCAGUCUGGGCGCUCAGCUCCAGCCCAGAGCAUCGCAGAGGGGUCAGCUGGAGCCUUGGCAAUCACCACUGAGGCGAACACAUCUGCUACCUGUGUUCCCAUCGCUGAGCAGAACUGCAUUCGCCACAUCUGCCUAGAAGGCCAGCUGAUCCGUGUGAACCAGUCCCAGCACUGUCCUCAAGGCGCUGCACCCCGUCACUGUGGGGUCCUGGGCCUUGCUGUACGAGUGGGCGGGGAUCGCUGCUGUCCUGUCUGGGAGUGUGCCUGCCGAUGCUCAAUCUUCCCUGACCUGAGCUUUGUAACCUUUGAUGGGAGCCACGCAGCCCUGUUCAAGGAGGCCAUCUACAUCCUCAGCCAGAGCCCAAAUGAAAUGAUCACUGUCCAUGUCCUUGACUGCAAAAGUGCCAACCUGGGACACCUGAACUGGCCCCCAUUCUGUUUGGUGACACUGAAUGUGACUCACCUAGUCUAUCACGUUACUAUUGACCGCUUCAACAGGAAGGUGACUGUGGACUCACAGGCUGUGUGGCCACCCGUGAGCAGGUAUGGGUUCCGAAUUGAGGAUACAGGCCACAUGUAUGUGGUCCGGACGCCUUCACGUAUCCAAAUCCAGUGGUUCCACAGCUCAGGACUCAUGAUCUUGGAGACCAGCAAAGCCAGCAAGACCCAGGGCCAUGGCCUGUGUGGUGUCUGUGAUGGAGAUGCAGCCAAUGACUUCACCUUGAAGGAUGGCUCUGUGGUGGGUGGAGCUGAGGACCCAGCUCCUUUCCUGGACAGCUGGCAGGUGCCAAGCUCCUUGACCUCAGAAGGCCAGACCCGCUUCCGCCCAGACAGCUGUGCCACAGCUGACUGCUCACCCUGCCUUCGUAUGGUGUCCAACCACACCUUCAGUGACUGCCACCGCUUUGUCCCCCCAGAGUCCUUCUGUGAGCUGUGGAUCCGGGACACCAAGUAUGUGCAGCAGCCCUGUGUGGCACUGACUGUGUAUGUGGCAAUGUGCCACAAGUUCCACGUGUGCAUUGAGUGGCGGCGUUCCGACUACUGCCCCUUCCUGUGCUCCAGUGACUCCACCUACCAGGCGUGUGUGGCAGCCUGUGAACCCCCCGAGACAUGCCAAGAUGGGCUGCUAGGUCCACUGGACCCAGAGCAGUGCCAGGUGCUGGGUGAGGGUUGCGUGUGCUCAGAAGGCACCAUCCUGCACAGGCGCCACUCUGCACUCUGCAUCCCGAAGGACAAGUGUGCCUGCACUGACAGUACGGGGGUGCCGCGGGCCCUGGGGGAGACUUGGAACAGCUCUCUCAGUGGUUGCUGCCAGCAUCAGUGCCAAGCCCUAGACACCAUCGUUCCCGUGGAUCUGGACUGCCCUGGCCCCCGGCCUGAGAGCUGCCCACGCUUUGGGGAGGUUCUCUUGCUUCGGCCCACUGAGGACCCCUGUUGCCUGGGGUCUGUCUGUGUGUGUAACCAGACUCUGUGUGAGGGCCUUGCCCCAACCUGCCGCCCAGGCUACCGACUCCUCACCCACUUCCAGGAGGACUCCUGCUGCCCUAGCUACAGCUGUGAGUGUGACCCUGAUCUGUGUGAAGCAGAGCUGGUCCCCAACUGCCGCCAAGACCAAGUCUUAAUCUCAGGCCGCCUGGGGGACUCAUGUUGCACUUCCUACUUCUGCGCCUGUGGAGAUUGUUCAGAUCCCAUCCCUGAGUGUCAGGAAGGAGAAGCACUCACUGUGCACAGGAAUACCACUGAGCUCUGCUGUCCUCUGUAUGAGUGUGUGUGUGAGAGCUUCCGCUGUCCCCAAGUGCAGUGUGGCAUGGGCACUGCCCUGGUGGAGGUGUGGAGCCCGGACCGCUGCUGCCCCUACAAAUCCUGUGAGUGUGACUGCAACGCAAUCCCAGUGCCCCAAUGCCAUCUGUGGGAGAAGUCCCAACUGGAUGAGGAGUUCAUGCACAGCGUGGAGAACGUGUGUGGCUGCGCCAAGUAUGAGUGUGUGAAGGCCCCUGUGUGUCUGAGCCGCGAGUUAGGGGUAAUGCAGCCUGGCCAGACGGUGGUGGAGCUCUCAGCAGACGGUGUGUGCCACACCUCCCGCUGCACAGACCUGCUGGACCCCCUCACCAGCUUCUACCAGAUCAACACCACUUCCGUGCUAUGUGAUGUCCACUGCGAGGCGAACCAGGAGUACAAACACCCACAGGACCUAGCAACCUGCUGUGGUUCCUGCAGAAAUGUGUCCUGCCUCUUCACCUUCCCCAAUGGCACUACCUCCCUCUUCUUGCCUGGAGCAUCCUGGAUUGCAGAUUGUGCCCGUCACCACUGUGGCAGCACUCCCCUGGGUGCCGUGCUUGUCCGCUCGCCCAUCAGCUGCCCUCCUCUCAAUGAGACUGAGUGUGUGAAGGUUGGAGGCUCUGUGGUACCUUCCUUGGAAGGAUGCUGCAAGACAUGUAAGGAGGACGGACGCUCCUGCAAGAAGGUGACCAUCCGCAUGACCAUCCGCAAGAAUGAAUGCAGAAGCAACACACCUGUGAACUUAGUAUCCUGCGAUGGAAGGUGCCCCUCUGCCAGCAUCUACAACCACAACAUCAACACCUACGCCCGCUUCUGCAAGUGCUGUCGCGAGGUGGGGCUGCAGAGGCGCUCUGUGCAACUCUUCUGUGCUACCAAUGCCACCUGGGUACCCUACACAGUGCAGGAGCCCACUGACUGUGCUUGCCAGUGGUCUUGA